AACUUAGUGCAUAACGAUAAUGAUAAUGCCAAACGUCUCAGGGGUAUAAUCUAUCCAAAUAUAUCGGAUACCCCUACGAUAUUAUCUGCAAUUCCCGUUCGUCAUUUAUUUUUAGAAAAGAUCCCGGUUUCACAAGAUGACCUUAUAAAAUUUGAAAUUUUAUCUAAUAUACCUCGGCAGAAAUCGUCUCGUCAUACCACCAAUAAGCAGUAUUAUGAAAAAAAUCGAGAGCGCAUUCUCCAGCGUCAACGAACUUAUUGUUUCAACAAGCAGAUUCGUCUGAAAUAUCUUGAAAGUGUUCAGGCUUCUUGUUCUCAAUUUCACAGUCCACCUUUACUUCCCUCCAUUAAUGAUCUUUUGAGUCCAAUUUCACUCAACACGACUAAAAUAUGCUGGCAUUAA